ACACAAAACGGGAAAAAAAGAGAGAGGAAAAAAAUAGAAAUCUUUAUCAAUAAUUAAGUUUUAUUUGAUUAUGUGGAAAUAAAUUUUCAAUAUUUGCAUUCCUUGACGUCAAAACCAUUUAAAUCAAUAAAACCCAACAAAAGUACAAGACAUCAAAAUAUCAGCAACCAAACUAUAGCUUAAAACAAAUAUUUAGAAAAUAUCCCCAAAUUCUGUUGCGAAGAUGGCAUCGGGCCCGUAUAAUUACUCGUACAUCUUCAAGUACAUCAUUAUCGGUGACAUGGGUGUCGGGAAGAGUUGUCUGUUGCAUCAAUUUACCGAGAAAAAGUUUAUGGCAAGUUGUCCUCACACAAUUGGCGUCGAAUUUGGCACGCGCAUCAUCGAAGUCGACAAACAAAAGAUCAAACUGCAAAUUUGGGAUACGGCAGGGCAGGAACGUUUCCGUGCCGUUACUCGAAGCUAUUAUCGCGGUGCGGCGGGAUGCAUUCUCGUGUACGACAUUACGCGACGCUCGACAUACAAUCACUUGAGCAGCUGGCUGGCAGACACGAAAAAUCUCACGAAUCCGAGCACUGUGAUAUUUUUGAUUGGCAACAAAGCGGAUUUGGAGAGUUCGCGCGAAGUGACGUACGAGGAGGCACGACGCUUUGCCGACGAAAAUGACUUGCUUUUUAUGGAGUGCAGUGCAAUGUCGGGACAAAAUGUCGAGGAAGCAUUUUUGGAUACGGCGAAAAAAAUCUACCAAAGCAUUCUCGAGGGUCGAUUAGACCUCAACUCGUCCGAAUCUGGGGUGCAACACAAACCAAUGCAACCUGGCAGGACAACUCUCGGCGACGACAGCCAACAGAACAAAGACAAUUGCUCCUGUUAAUCCGUCUCGUUUCGUGUUUUACGAAAAAAAAUUGAAAUAAGACAAAAAUUGAAAAAAAAAAUAUAUAAAUAGAAUUCGUGUAUAAAGUGAAUUAUUACCAUUAACGACCUAACUAAAAAAACCUUUUCCAUAACAAAUUUUGAUUGGCAUUUAUUGACUUGAAACUGCAUCACUCUUAUAAAAACAUGGCAAGCUAUAAAAGAAGAUUUUUUUUAAAUUUUUCUUUCGUUUCAGUAUUAACCUGAUAUUUGGAGAUUGAAAAUUUUGUAAAAAUAAAAAAAUCUUAAAUUUUGUGGGGAGCUAAUAAAAAAUGUGUAACU